CUAAAAGUGUGAUGCACCGCACCCUUCACCUCUCUCCUCCCCAAAACGAUCACAACACGAACCGACGCGUCGGCCAAUUUCCACGCCAAGCCACCAUCUGAUUCGUCUCUGCUUUCGAGACGCGUUGGCCAGAUCACCUUCUUCUCCAUUAGGUGUAUCAGAUCAAUCCUUCAAUAAUCCAUAUAAACAUCCAAUUCAACUCUAUUUCAUUGCGCGCGCAUCGCAAUUCCAUCGCUGUCGCAUCGCCGAAUCGCCGCCGUCAACAUCGAGAUUCAUCCAGACUGCUGCCUGUCGGUACUGCUGUUAUUUGCGACACAAUCUCUGGCGCGACAACAGUUUAUGCACGCCGAGUCUGGUCACUGCCUGCCUGCCGAUUAGUCCAGCGACCUUCCGAGUCUGCUUGGCGCUCUGAACGCCUGUUCUGUAUAUCACAUGAUCACAGUCACAUGAUCAUAUCGAUAUCAACCCUUUCCAUUCCAUCAGGCUCCUCCGGCAUCUCCAUCGCCAUCGCCAUCGAUCUCUCGACUCCCACCAAUUGAGUCUUGAAGCAUUGUUGCCACUUGAUUGUGUCAGCAAUUGCUCAAUUCUCGUCGACUAUAUAUUAAUCGCACCUUUUUCGUUUCAUUCCGCAACGACAUCUCACCUUUUCCGGCGCCCUUUGUCGUCAUCUCCUUUUGUGUUAUUUUGCCACCAUUCGGCCUGUAAAUUAUUCCAGCAUUAAUAAUAAUCUUUCAACCUGUUCAUCACUCUAUCGGCUGGUCCGAUCUUCCGCGAACAUCUUCUAGCGGAUCUAAAAAUCUCUUGGCAGAAUGGAUGUUGAAAUGCAGAUGGAGGCCAACGGACUGCCUGCGCACUUCAGUUCGACUUCAACUCAACCUGCAGAAAACCAUGUCGCCGACAACCUAGCCGCCUCAUUAUCAAACUCUGAUGCUCCCAUCAGUUUGCCGUCGAAACCCGCUGUGACUGAAUCAGCGCCUCAAUCAGCGCCUCAAUCGGACCCGGUAUUCGAAGCAACCUCACAGGCAGAGCCAGAGGCAGUUUCCCAACCGCCUGAAGCACUACCGCCUUCCACGAAUGGCAUAGGUGCAGCAGCCGAACAAUCAAUUUCAACUGUUCCUGACUCUCAACCUCAACCUUCUCUCGAAAGCAAUUCAGUCCCGCCACCAACAUCACUCACAGACAGCAUGACCGACUCGGUCGUACCUUCCUCCGUACCUGCUGAGAUUCAGUCGUCAGCGACGCCUGCAGAAACUCAACCGACCAUGGAUUUUGCUGAGCCUGUCUCAGCUCCACCUCAGCCCCCGGAAUCAGAUCUGCGGACUGCCCCUCAUUCUGAUGCCUUGAGUCCUGGGGCUGUUGCACAAGUUGAAGCUCAGAAACACCAACUGGACAAUUCUGCGGACAUCGUGCCAUCACCUGCCGACGCCAAUGUUAUGGACAUCUCAGUGGCGCCUGACUCAGCCAACGUCAUUGAGCAAACACCUGUCACCAACCUUGGCUUGCCUUCACCUCCAACUCACUCGCCACCCGAUGCUCCGCAACCGGCUCCAGCUACAUUGCCUGAAGACAAGCCAAUUCCAUCGACUUAUGCAUCCGAGACUGCAUCUGUACCAACAUUUGCGCCAGAGCCAGAACCUCAACAAAUCCUUGCCCCUCAAUCUGAACCUGAAGCGAUUCUGGCACCGGAGCGUGACAUGGAACAGAUCAUUGCGCCACAAUCUGAACCUGAAUUGAUCCCCUCAACAGAACCUCGGCCUCAGAUGACACCGACAGCUGCACCAGCCGAGAAGCCCAAAGAACCAGCUCCGACACCUGCUGUACCCGCUACCCAACUUGGGGAGGACCAGGAGAUGAUUGAUGUUGUACACGCUAAACAACCUCGGCUACGAGAAGAUGAUAAUGCUGAUUCACAACGUGCGGCGAAGAGAGUCAAAACCGAUGAAUCAGGAGUUGCAUAUCAAGAAGCAGGAUUCAAGGUUCCAGAAGUUCCCAUGGCGGCCUUAUCACCAGUACCGAAUGGCGAGACACCCACGACAACCGGGCCUGGCGAUGGUGACGACACCGUUACUCAGGCACGUCUGGCACACAUGAAGAAGGUCACUUCAAACUUGAAGAAGAGCAAUUCUUCCGCACCUUUCCGGCAGCCGGUUGACCAUGUGGCACUCAACAUUCCAUCCUACCCUGAUAUUGUCAAGCAACCUAUGGACUUGGGAACCAUCGAUUCGCGACUGAAGCAAAAUAAAUACACCUCUGUUUCAGCAUUCAUUAGCGAUUUUAACUUGAUUGUCGACAAUUGUGUCAAAUUCAAUGGCCCUGAGCACGGCAUCACCCAGCAGGCUCGAAAGAUGGAGUCAUCCUUCAAGAGUCAGAUGAAGAAUCUCCCGCCGGCGACCCUUGAAGAACCGUCGAAAGAGAUCAAGAAAGCAGCGAAGAAACACGAGCCUACCAGACAACAAGCACCUCGACGACCAUCGGUCAGCACAUCCAGUCCUGCGGUUGCUACAGCUGCCUAUGCCUCACCCAAGUCUGCUCCUCCUCAGACUCCUUCCUUUGCUCCUGGGCCUGAUGGCAUGCCUCUGAUCCGCCGUGAUUCGAGCUUGGCUGAUGGUCGACCCAAGCGAGCCAUCGUUCCGACAAAGCGCAAUCAAGAGUUUGGAGGCGGAAGACCCAAAAAGAAGAAGUAUGAGUUGCAGCUCAAGUUCUGCGACGAGGUUCUGAAGGACAUCGCCCAUCCCAAAAACUGGCAGAUGAAUCAGUAUUUCACCCAUCCAGUUGACCCCGUGGCGUUAAAUAUUCCCACGUAUUUCCAGAUCAUCAAGAAACCCAUGGACCUUAGCACCAUUAGAACAAAGUUGACCAACAAUGUCUACGAGAAGGCCAAGGAUUUCGAAGAGGAUGUCCGACUGAUCUUCAAGAACUGCUACAAGUUCAACCCUGAAGGCGAUUUGGUCAACGCGGCUGGUCAUCAGCUGGAGGAUAUGUUCAACAAGAAGUGGGCAACAAAGGAAGAGUGGAUUGCAGCUCGCGAGCCACCGUCUGCACCUGAAUCCGAUGCAGAAGACGAGGAUGACGAGGAGGAUGAGAGCGAGGAAGAAGCAGAGGACAGCGAAGAUGAACGAGCUGAAAAGAUCAAGCUACUGCAGAAGCAGAUUGAAGAGAUGUCGAAACAGAUGGGCGAGCUGACCCAGAAGAAGGUCAAGAAAUCCAAGUCUCCACCCAUGAAGAAGAGCAAGUCUAAGCCUAGCAAGAAAGAAAAGCCUGCAGCACCCAAGGAGGGCAAAGAUAAAAAAGAAAAGAAGAAGUCUGCACCCAAGGCCAAACCGGAGAAGGACCGAUACGUGACAUUUGCCGAGAAGCAAUAUAUCUCUAACGGUAUUGGGAUGCUGCCGGAGAAACAGAUGUCCGAAGCUCUAAAGAUCAUCCAGAACAGCGUCCCGUCAUUGGCCAACACUGAUCAAAACGAGAUAGAGCUCGAUAUUGAGGAGGUCCCUAACCAUGCACUUCUCAAGUUGCUCAACUUUGUCAAGAAAUAUGCAGGGCCGCCUCCAGACGAGCCAAAAGCCGAGGCAGCUGAGAACUAUUCUACCUCUGCGACCAAGAGCAAAAAGAGCAAGCCUAUGAGCAAGCAUGACCAGGAGGCGCAGAUUGAGGAACUCAAGGGCAAAUUGGGUGCGUAUGUUGGACCGGUGUCACCGAACGCAAUGCCGUCGAUAGAGGGGGACAGCAGCGACGAUGAUGGUGACUCCGAGGAGAGUGAAGAGGAGUGAUCCUGACAUGUACCUGAACACGUGCAGUGUUGAGACGUGGCGAGAGCAGAGAGCGACUUGAUCUUUUACCGUUGUUUCCGACCUGGAGCAUCGUGCUGCAUAGCAUUACGGACACUGGUGCUAGACAAAGGUUUUAUCGCCUGGGCGUGGAAGCAGUCUUCCGAGAUGGGUAAUUUUUUAGACCAUCAGAUUGAGAUCGAUUGAAAUUGGAGUGACUUCCGUGAGCAAUUGGCUCGAUAAAAAUGAUACUGGCAGCGGGUGUGGAGAGCUAUCAUAGUUGGCUGACAAGGGGACGAAAGCAGGGAAACUUGUGAAGUGGUAUGAACAUUGCACGUUGAUACAAUAAAAAGAUAUUUUCCAAUUCCAAGCAAUCCU